AAUUUAAGGUUAUGUUACCUCCGUCAAAUUUAGUUACUGUAGAUAAUGUAUCCCAAGGAUUAUUUUCCAUUUUUAACUCUCCAAAACAUCUACAUUUACAUUUAUAUCACUAAAGUAACAAAUGUGCAAAGUUUUGAUGUGACUGAAAGAAUUAUUUAAUCCACUUGCUAGUGACAAUCAAAAAAUAUCAACUAUAUCAAAAUGAUCUCUCACAGAGGUAAGACUCUAGUGUUUGUCGAAAUCAAUUUUCAAUAUGUGAAUAAAUAUUUAUAAUUAUACUUAUAUUUUACAAAUAUAACUGCGAAAUUCUGCGAUAACAAAUAAUAACAACUUUAAGAUAACGAGGGAUAUAAGGAAGAGAGUCAGAAGUAGAUGAUAAAUAAAAGCAAACACACUAUAUCUACAAAACAGCGGUAGCAUUGAAUCAGAGAGCUUCAAGAUCUGCAGAGAAAAUCUGUUACUGGAGUAUCUGUCUUACAUGUAUUGUGCUUCAUCAUGAGUCAAUUAAAACAGCAAAUAGUCAAAGAAAAUUUACCUGUACCAUGGGGUCAUAUAGCUGCAAAAAUUUAUGGCCCUCCAAAAGAAAAGAAGAUUUUGGUGGUACAUGGUACUUUAGACAACUCUGGAUCAUUUGACAGAUUAAUAGAACUUCUUCCUUAUGAAUACCAAUAUGUGAGCAUAGAUUUGCCAGGACAUGGAUUUUCAUCCCAUUUUCCACCUGGACUGCCAUUGCAAUAUUUUGAUUAUGUUUAUACAAUUUUCCUAGUUCUCAAUACCUUGAAAUGGAAAACUUGUAUUUAUUUGUCACAUAGUUUUGGUACUCAAAUAGGAGUAGAUUUUAGUGUAUUAUACCCAGGACGGUUACAAAAAAUCAUAUCUGUAGAUGGACUUGUACCAUUACCAAUUGAGGACACUAUUAAUCACAUUAAACGAAUUUACAGCUUGGAUGUUUAUGAUAAAGUUAAAGAUACACUAUACACUAAAGAAGAAGUGAUAUAUGCUUUGCAGUAUAAAAGGCGAGAGGCAUUAAAUUCGGAGGCUGCUGAAGCUAUGUUUACACGUGCAGUCACGAAAGUUGGAGAUAAAUAUAAAUAUAAUCGUGAUCCUAGAUUAAGAAUUAUGGUACGUCCUGUGUUUACAAAACAACAACGUAUACACUUCUGGCAAAAAUUCUCAACGCCAAUAUUUGUUAUUGUGGCAAACAAAUCCAAUCAAUAUGUUAAACUAAUGACCAUAAUGGAAGAUAUAAAAAAUAUAGUAGCAAAUAACUGUAAUAGUAAAUUUAUUGUAGUUCCUGUUAUAGGAAAUCAUGAUGUACAUAAUAAUUAUCCUGAAAGGGUAGCACCAUAUGUAUGUGAAUUUUUAAAGGAUGACACAAGAAGUAAAUUAUAAAUUUUUAUUUUUAUAAAAUAAUUUCUUGUAGUACAUAAUAGUUUGUAUAAUAAUAGAUUUAGUUUUAUUAACAGCAAAUAUUAUGGUUUAUACUUUUCUUUAUAUAUGUACAGAAUAAGAUUAAAGCAUGUUAAACAAAUGUACAUUCCAAGUGGGUUACAAUUAUACAAAAUGCUAUAUUUUGUUU